AUGAGUGGCAUCCACCGAUUAUUGACUCGUCGCGACCGACACAAGCUGAACAAGCAAAGUAAAGAAGAGGCAUCUCACAUUCUCUCACGGACGCUAUUCCAAGGAUUUUUCAAGUCGGAGACAACGUCGGAAGAAAACAAUGAUCAUGAGAAGAAGGUCAAAUCGCUCGCCCAACGGAUUAAGCAGCUUGGCAUCACGGCUCUAGAAGAAGAACAUAUCAGUUACGCAUUGAAGGCUACACAUGGUGACUCAGAGAAGGCAUUGAGCUUACUGCUUCUUCUAGAAGACUCUAUUGAGGGAAUCAUCCGGACAUACACACCCAACACCAAGCUCCUGGGCGCCGAGAAUCGCGCAGGCGUCACCUGCUAUCUGGAUGCCCUGUUAUUUGCCAUGUUUGCCCGUCUGGACUGCUUCGAGGCUAUUCUCUAUAAAUCUUUCACUGAUGAGCCUCGUCGAAAGCUUGCGGUCCUUCUAAGGCUGUGGGUUAAUUUGCUACGAUCCGGAAAGCUGAUCACGACCGAUAUGACGAGACAUCUACAAGAUGCCCUGGCAGAAUGUGGAUGGGAAGAUGCGGCCCAACUUCGCCAGCAAGAUGCAUCAGAAGCAUUCACUUUCAUUACCGAAAAACUUGAGCUACCACUGCUGACGCUGAAAAUGGAUAUUUAUCACACUGGAAAAGAGGAUGAAAGCGAUGACCACAAAUUCAUUAAUGAGCGCCUCCUUGAGGUUGCUAUACCUCCCGAGCCAACCGACGGAUCAUCUCUCACCCUCGAGGACUGCUUGGAGGCUUAUUUCAACAACAGGAUCGAAGUGAAACGGCACUUGGAGCGGCGAAACACCGCUGCUUCCAUUAGGUCCGCGGAUUCUAUGUCUAUGACCAAAGGGUCUACUUCGCACAUUGAGGCAGUAGAGAUCGAUACUACUCCCACGGUGUCCCCCACAGAAACAGACACGACCCCGGCCGAAGGCGCCAGUCCUUGGUCCUCAUACACCGAGUUCUCCGAAUCGCUUAAGGCAUCACGCGCUGGUGGGAGACGCGCGAGUAUCGUCAGAGAGCGAUUUUUCCCAGACUCGAAUUCAACCGGUGAUAACGAUACCGAGGAAGUCGAUACCGAGAAAGAAUCCAGUUCAGACAGUCAGGCACAGCGUGGAGCUAUCAAAAAGGAGGUCAUGAUGCCCGCAUGGCAGUUUUUCAGUUUAAUCCCGUGGUAUACUGAUAACACGCCAACGAAUGACGCCCAGGUAGCGGCCCAUUUCUCUGCUAAGCGGCCCAUCCUUGGGAUGUGCCUCAAACGCUAUUCUUUCCUGCCAGAUGGAAGAGCCAUCAGACUGAACACCCACAUCGACAUACCAACUGAGAUUGGUCUGCCUCAUUUCAUUCAAGACGAUAACUUGGAUGCAGACGCACCCAUCUAUGGAAAUUUCAAGCUUUCCCUGCAAGCCUUGGUCUGCCACAGAGGAAAUUCUGUCGAUUCGGGUCAUUACAUUGCACUUGUUCGAGGUACCAGCCCCAACGUCGCGGGCUCGCCAACCAGUACCGAUUCUGCCGAGCUCUCAAAACACUGGAUGCGAUUCGACGACCUGGCAGCGGAACGAGUGACUCUAGUUAACAUCGACCAAGCCUUGAAGACAGAGUCCCCCUAUCUUCUGUUCUACCAAAUUCUCCCCAUCGCAGAGGAUCCAUCAGUCGCGAAUCUUCAACAGGCGCCUUCCUCUCGAGCCUCAGACGGCAGUACCCUGGGCGAUCAACUGGAUUUCCUGCCCGAGGACGCAGGCUCUGAUCGACCGAGCGUUGAAGUCACAGGGCCAUCUGAUACCAGCUCGCCAUUGUUUUCCAACCCCGCUAGGAGACCUAGCCUAGCAUACUCGGAGAGCAGCAACCAAGCGGCAAGCCUUCAGCCUCGUUCGAUCCCAUCUUUGUCACCCAGGCUUGCGCCCAUGGAAGAACAACACAUGAAGGGGGCAUCCUGGUCUCGCCGGGGCUCACGCUCAGCCAAGAGUACCCCCGGAAGCCGUGCUGGUAGCCGCGCUGGUAGUCAAACGGGUGAAAAUAGACUCAGCGCUACUUUCUCACGAUUUGCUGAACGGUUGAGUCGGGAUAAGAUCUCUACCAGUGAGUUCCCUCAAGAGGAAGCGAAUGAAUACACGCUGGAGAUCGAAGAGGCUGUGGAUGAGAUGAAGCUUGGCCCGGCUGCUGGUGAGAAUAAGGAAGGGCGUGGCAGGGGUCGAACCCGUGAGAAGAACAAGGGCAAAUCGAAGGAUAAGUCCAAGGAGAAAGGCAAGAAACUGGAUCGGGAAUGUACAGUAAUGUGA